AUGGGCAACGACAGAGGCAGAAACAAGGGCAGAGGUAGGGGCAAGAAAAGAAGUCACAUUCACAGUCUGAAGGAGAACACUGUCGCCACGACGGUCGCAACGAAGCUCGACAACAAGCCUAAGGGCAAGAUCUCGGACAAGCAUCACUGUCUCAGCAAGCGACCGGAGCAUGUUCGGACUUCACGAUGCCUUCGUUUGGGCCAUGUGGUCCAGUGUCCGAUUCAUUCUGACAGCUUCCCACUACGGUUGAGCGAGUGUGUGAAGUGCAACAGUGCUGACAGGCGACAAGUGCAACAGGAGCGCAAAGAUAGAAAGAAGUAG